UUUCUCUCUCUCUCUCUCUCUCUCUCUCUCUCUCUCUCUCUCUCUCUCUCUCUCUUACGACUUACGAGUUACGAGCCUCUAUUUUGCACUGCAGUCAGUUUGAUAUCAUGAUCUUAUCGAUCUGACUUUCAGAACAAGACUGUGAUUGGCUGUGUGUAUAUUGCAUGCUGUCGUGCUGCUGAAAAUUUCUAGUUAGUCAUUGCCUCUCUUCAUAGUUCUAGAGAGAAAUGGGGCAUGGAGGCGGACAUACUUGUUGCAACAAACAGAAAGUGAAAAGAGGGCUGUGGUCACCUGAAGAAGACGAGAAACUCGUCAACUACAUUACUUCCCAUGGCCAUGGCUGCUGGAGCUCCGUUCCUAAGCUUGCUGGGCUCCAAAGAUGCGGAAAGAGUUGCAGAUUACGAUGGAUUAAUUAUCUAAGGCCGGAUUUGAAGCGAGGAAGCUUUUCAUCCCAGGAAGCCACCCUCAUAGUCGACUUACACCGAAUUCUUGGAAAUAGAUGGGCACAAAUUGCAAAACAUUUACCAGGAAGAACAGACAACGAGGUUAAGAACUUCUGGAACUCUAGUAUAAAAAAGAAGCUUCUUGCUCAUAGCCACCUUUCUACUCAUUCUCUUGCCACCAUCUUUACAAACCCUAAAACCACCAACAUUCAUGCUUCUUUAAGUGGUGAAAAUCAAUAUUAUGAGAGUUUAUUUGAUGCAAACCCUCACGUGGUCAGCCCAUAUCAACCCCACAUGAACCACGAUCAUGAUCAUCUUGUCCAUGCAUCACCAGCGGCCAUUGGUCAACCACCGGUGGUCAAUCUUGAUAAAUGCUUCGAUAUUGACCCUACCCCUAAUCUUCCUCCCCUUCCUCAAUCAUUCAUAGUCAACUCAUCUUCAGUUUUUGAUCAUCAGUUCCCUACAAUGGAAUUCUUGAUGAACUCCUACGAACAUAAUACCCUAAAAUCAGAGAAUUACGACCUCAUCCUUGCCCAAACCUCCGAUCAUGGCGAUUCCGUAAUCCCAUUUAAACUAGGUGAACAAACAAAUAACAUCGAAUUGACCACUAGUAUAACUACACAACCAAUUGUGAACUCUCAGGACUUGGAUCCACCUGCAACUUCUCAAACCGAGUACCUUGAAGCCUUCGUUCCAAAUUUCCUUUCAUCUUCAUCCUCUCCUCCCCCAUCAUUGGUUUUGCCCCAAUUUAUGGCUCAUUCGAGUUCAGCGGGGGAAACCAUUGAGCUGGAGGAACAAGAUUCUGAUGUGGAGGGGCAGCAAAGAAGGCUGCUGCAGGGGGUUGUUGAGUCGGUAGACCCGAGUUUGGAGCAGUACCGAGGACUUCGGGCUGCUGGUUUCUCAUUGGUUGGUAUGGAAGCCAUGGAAAACCCGAUGGCAGCAAUGGUAUUGUGGUGGUGGUUCCAGAUGGGCGUCGAUUAUCAGUUGAGUAGGAGCAACCGCGACGUGGUUGUGAAGAGCGACAACCACCUCAGUUGUUUUGUGAGAAGGUCAUGUUGCGUGAGUUUGAGGGGUUAG